AUUAUUCUGGAAAAGCUUAUACUAACACUAAUUAAAUCCGGACUUACUUUAAAAUGGUGGCCGUGCUUCCUUAAGGCAGUGAACCGCAUCCGAAAUCUCUGUCCUAGCAUUUGCACUACUCCUUACCAAGUUUGGUAUGGAGAUGUUCCUGACCCCAGCCAUCUGCGAGUUCUUGGCUCACGAGGAUGGGCUCUGCUU